AUGUACGGCAAAAAUAAAGGUGUUAGCGCACCCUCGGAUAUGCAUGCGAAAGACAAAUUGAAUUUAUAUGUCUACGAAUAUUUGUACCAUAUUGGUGCAUCGAAGGCAGCUCAGGGAUUUUGUGCGGAUAUGAAAUGGGAACAGAAUAAAAUGUCACUUGGCGAAGCACCAGGAUUUUUAUUCAGUUGGUGGUGCGUUUUUUGGGAUUUGUACAGUGCGGCACCGGAACGUCGAGAACAACAUCCUCAUUCUGAAGAAGCAAAAGCAUUUCAUGAUUAUGGUUUUAUAAAUUCCAAUUACGCUCCUAAUGGUAUUCCUCCUCAAUCGAACGUAAAUCCAAAUGCUCCACCACCAAUGCCAAUGAAUGUCAAUGAAGGAAUGCAUAAUCCAGGUGUUCCUUUUUUUCCACCGCCAGGACAGCCAAUCAUGAAUCAAUAUUCUCGUUAUCCAAAUGCACCUCCACGUUCACUUGUUCGACUGCCAUCUCAAUCAGAUUAUCCGGGUGGACCCAACGGAGGACCUUUAAUGCCACCUCAAAUGGAUGUUGGUCGAAAUGGCUUACGUAUGACAUCACCGGGCGCUCGAUUACCACCGAAUUCAAUGGGUCAUCCAGGUCCAGGUGGACCACCACCUCCUAAUGCAUAUCGACCUCAAGGUAUGCCACCCUCAAUGUCACCAUCGAUGAAUCAAACUGGUCCACGAAUGUAUAUGACUAAUUCACCUGGGGUUGGAGGUUAUUCUUCAUCGUCGCCUGCUCCUUACGGUACUCCAUGUCCUACUGGUCAUGCACCGACGACACCCAUGAUGCCAAGUCCUCAAGACGCAAAUGGUGGAGAAAUGACACCUUAUGGCAUGCGACCGAUGCCUGGAGGAAUGCCACCAGGACCCAAUCCAAUGGUACAUACAUAUGAUCCACAUUUAUCUCACAUGCCGUCGAUGCCACCGGAUAUGUCCCAUCACGGUCCAAUUAAUGGCGAUUAUGAUCAACAAAUGAAACAAUCACCCGGUCAGCAACAACAACAACAGCAACAACAACAACAGCAACAACAGCAACAACAACAACAACAACAAGCACCACCUCCAUCUUCAGACGUACCUAAUUUCAAUUACAAUGAAGAUCAAACUAGCGAUACUAAUGCUAUCUUGAAACUGAAAGAAUCAAUGCAAGAAGAAGUAAAAAAGUUUGAUAAAACGCCUAGUAACUCAAAUAACGAUGAUUAUAAUCACUAUACUGGUAUUGGUUAA